GAAGUUCUACUUUGAAGGUGCUUUCCAAUAUUCUUAUGUGAAGGUGUGGCAAAGAGAUAAAGAAUGGAAUUCUGGGAGAAAGUUGUCUUUAUCCAUAAAAACCUUUGGAGAAAGGAUCAGUGACAGACCGCCCGUGGAGCUGGAAAACUACCUCCUAACUCACCCGCCAGUGCCAUCAUGAAUCCUCUGGUAGCCAUCUCAAGCCUUAUCCUACUUCUGACAGAUGCUGUAGUUUCUUAUACACAAGUGAGUGGAGUGGUGGGUCAACCUGUCACGCUGCUCUGCACCUACUCAGCAGCUAAUGGAGCCAUCACAACCAUGUGCUGGGGCCGAGGGCAGUGUCCUAUGUCUCAGUGCUCAGAUGAAAUUAUCUGGACUAAUGGAUCCCAUGUCACUUUUCAGAAGCACACGCGUUAUAAGUUAAAGGGAAAGCUUUUGGAAGGAAAUGUGUCUUUGACCAUAGAGAAUGCAGUCCAGGCUGACAGUGGUCUGUAUUGUUGCCGUGUUGAGCACAAGGGGUGGUUUAAUGAUAUGAAACUCACCCUAUCAUUGGAAAUAAAACCAGCUGAGGUCACCAGUGUUCCAACAUCACCUAGGGCCUCUACCUCUGCUCCUCCAAUGCCAGCAGCCACGCAGAACCUCAAGCCAGCUACUUUGUCUUCUCCAGUGCAGACAGCAGAAACCCAGCCUACCACCCUGCAGGAAACACGCACGACCAGCGCGCCAUUGCUCUCUUGCUCAGCAGAUGAGAAUGGCACUGUGACACAGUUUUCAGAUGGCCUUUGGCAUAACAAUCAAACUCAUGUGUUGCUGGCACAGAAUCCAUGGAUGAUCACCAGUAAGGGGCUCUCUGUUGGAAUCAGUAUUACUGCCAUGGUAGUGCUCACUUUUUUGGUUGUCAUGAUUGCCAAAAAAUAUUUGAGCAUGAGAAACAAGCAGGAGCAACUCAGUGUGGUUUCAUUUAAUGACCCUCAGAUUGGAGCUUUGCAAAGUGCAGCUGAAUUACGUGUCCGAGCAGAAGACAAUAUCUACGUUAUUGAGGACAAUGUUUACGUCAUGGAUUAAGACCCAGUGGCCUCUAAGGGUUUAUGCUCUUGACUGCAGAAGACAGUGAACAGAUAUCGCCACGUCAGACUCCUUUUAAGCUCCAGGAUGAUUUUUCUGGCAGUUUCACUUGUCAUUCCAACAUGUCAGUGAUGUUGGGUAGAGUGACUCCAGCUCCUCUGUGUACAGUCAACCUCAUUGGAAAUAUAGUCCUAAUUUUUUAUACUGAAACUGGCUCCAUCUUUCUGGUCAUUGCAGAGCUCUCUCCCACACAUGAAAUGAAUACUUUAAAAUUGUGUAUUCUCUUUAGACCUUAUGAAUCCUGUAUCCAUCAGCAAUUUUCAUUAGAGAAACAGGAAAAGAACCUCUACCUUGGUCACCAAUGCUCUCAAGAAAAGUAGAAUUAGUAAAUCCAACUUGGAACUUGACUUCAUUUGGAAGCAUUUUAUGACUCUCUCUUGUUUUUUAUCUUGUAACUCCGAAUAUUACAUUCUUAGGUCCCCCAAGGGUUUCAAAUCAUGUGGAGCACAGAUUUUUAUUUCCCCCAUGGGAAAAUAGGAGUGUGAUUUCACCAUUAUACGUAGAACUGGUUUCUCAUGGCUCUGGAAAUACAAGGUUUUAAGUGCUUUCCCUGGGACCAAGAUGGGUAUUUUAGCAGUUAGAAGAAGCGAGGGUAGUGAGUGGACCAAGUAGAUACUAGGGGAAGAACAACAAUUGCCAUGUGAUUUAACACAUGUAUGCUAUAUCUGCUGUAUCUAUGUCACAGUUCUAGACACUUAUGUAGACGACUGUCAGGCUUUCUGGACUCAAGUUUGGAAUGAGGCAGGGAAGACAUAAAAGGAAAAAAGAAAGGGAAGGAAUAGGGAAAAAGGCCUUUGAAAAGUUGUUUUGCAAAUAUAAUAGUGUUGUUUGAGAGUGUUACUAGUUUUGACCAAAAUUCUAAAUGGUCCCCAAACCACUUUGAUUUUUAAAAGUGUUUUGGAAGGAUGAAGGGUUUUUUUUCAUAUCAAAUCAAUUCCAAUGCUAUUUUUUUCACAAGUCAAUUAAAUUUUUGGUUUGGCCAAGAGAGUUAAACAAGGGCUAAAAGUAAGGAUAUUUUUAGUCACCAGAAGCAUUUUCUA